UACACGAUGCAGAUGCAGGAACAGCAGAAUAAUGACUACAAACCAUCCAGGAUGACGAGUGGGACAGAGACCUGCUCCUGGACCCCGCCUGGGAGAAACGCAGAGAAAGACUUUCACAGCCUGGUGCAACUCUCACCUGAGGAAGGCUGGGACUGGGAUUGAAAACAUCGAGGAGGACUUCAGGAACGGACUGAAGCUCAUGUUGCUGCUGGAAGUCAUUUCUGGUGAAAGACUUCCCAAACCAGACAGAGGGAAAAUGCGCUUCCACAAGAUAGCCAACGUCAACAAAGCUCUGGAUUACAUCACCAGCAAAGGAGUCAAGCUGGUCUCCAUUGGAGCUGAAGAGAUUGUGGACGGCAACAUUAAGAUGACUCUGGGAAUGAUCUGGACCAUCAUUCUGCGCUUCGCCAUCCAGGACAUCUCAGUGGAAGAAACCUCUGCUAAGGAAGGUCUUCUUCUAUGGUGCCAGAGAAAGACUGCCCCCUACAGGAAUGUCAAUGUCCAGAACUUCCAUGUCAACUGGAAGGACGGCCUCGCGUUGUGCGCCCUGAUACACAGACACCGUCCUGACCUCAUCGACUAUGCCAAGCUCAACAAGGAUGACCCUCUGGGUAAUCUGAACCUGGCCUUUGAUGUGGCAGAGAAAUACCUGGACAUCCCCAAGAUGUUGGACGCUGAAGACAUCAUCAACAGCCCCAAGCCCGAUGAGAGAGCGAUCAUGACCUAUGUAUCCUGUUUCUACCAUGCUUUUGCUGGAGCAGAGCAGGCGGAGACAGCAGCUAACCGUAUCUGUACAGUUCUGGGGGUCAACCAGGAGAAUGAGAGCCUCAUGGAGGAAUAUGAGAAACUGGCCAGUCAGCUGUUGGAGUGGAUCCGUCGUAUGACCCCCUGGCUCGAGAACAAGUCCCCGGAGACGACCAUGGCUGCUAUGCGUGGUAAACUGGAGGACUUCAGAGACUACCGUAGACAACACAAACCCCCCAAGGUGCAGGAGAAGUGUCAGCUGGAGAUAAACUUCAACACCCUGCAGACCAAGCUGAGGAUCUCCAACAGGCCUGCCUUCAUGCCCUCUGAGGGACGCAUGGUCUCAGACAUCACCAGUGCGUGGACAGGUCUGGAGCAGGCAGAGAAGGGCUAUGAGGAGUGGCUGCUGAGUGAGAUCAGGAGGCUGGAGCGUCUCAACCACCUGGCUGAGAAGUUUCAGAUGAAGGCUACUUCCCACCAGGACUGGUCUGUAGGUAAGGACAGUGUGCUGUCUCAGAAGGACUACGAGUCCUGCUCUCUGACGGAGGUGAGAGCUCUGCUCAGGAAACACGAGGCCUUUGAGAGCGACCUGGCCGCUCACCAGGACAGAGUGGAACAGAUCGCUGCCAUCGCACAGGAAUUAAAUGAGCUGGACUACCAUGCUGCCUCCUCUAUCAACGAGCGCUGCCAGGGCAUUUGUGACCAAUGGGACCAGCUGGGAACCCUCACCCAGAAGAGGAGGGAGAACCUGGAGAGGACGGAGAAGCUGCUGGAGACCAUCGACCAGCUGUUCCUGGAGUUCUCUAAGAGGUCAGCUCCCUUUAACAACUGGAUGGAAGGAGCCAUGGAAGACCUGCAAGACAUGUUCAUCGUUCACACUGUGGAUGAAAUCCAGAGCCUGAUCUCAGCCCAUGACCAGUUCAAGGCCACCCUUCCGGAGGCUGACUGUGAGAGACAGGCCAUCCUGAGCAUCUACACGGAGGUGCAGAAGAUAGCCCAGAGCUACGGCAUCUCCCCCAACCUCACCAACCCCUACAGUGACAUCACACCGGCGGAGAUAGGACUCAAAUGGGACAAGGUGAAGAAGCUGGUUCCCCAGAGAAACAGUAUUCUCCAGGAGGAACUAGCCAGACAGCACGCCAACGAACGUCUCAGACGCCAGUUUGCUGCCCAGGCCAACAUCAUCGGACCGUGGAUCCAGACCAGGAUGGAGGAGAUCGGGCGUAGUUCCGUCGACAUCGGAGGUUCUCUGGAGGACCAGAUGAGUCAGCUGAAGCAGUUUGAACAGGUCAUCAUCAACUACAAGUCCAACAUCAACAAGCUGGAGGGAGACCAUCAACACAUCCAAGAGUCCCUGGUGUUCGACAACAAACACACCAACUACACCAUGGAGCAUAUCCGUGUGGGUUGGGAGCAGCUGUUGACCACCAUCGCUAGAACCAUCAAUGAGAUCGAGACCCAGAUUCUGACGCGCGACGCUAAAGGCAUCAGCCAGCAACAGAUGAACGAGUUCCGCCAGUCUUUCACUCACUUUGACAGGAAGAAGAAAGGAGGCAUGGAGACAGAUGACUUCAGAGCCUGUCUGAUCUCCAUGGGCUAUGAUCUGGGAGAGUCUGAGUUUGCCCGCAUCAUUUCUCUAGUGGAUCCCAACGGGUCCAACAAGGUGACCUUCCAGUCCUUCGUUGACUUCAUGACUAGAGAGACGUCCUACUCAGACACCUCAGAGCAGGUCCUCGCCUCCUUCAAGAUCCUGGCUGCUGAUAAGCCCUUCAUCCUGCUGGAGGAGCUGCGUAGAGAGCUGCCCCCAGAGCAGGCAGAGUACUGUAUCUCCAGGAUGCCCCUGUACAAUGGGCCUGACGGGGUCCCAGGGGCUCUGGACUACACUGCCUUCUCCACUGCCCUCUAUGGGGAGAGUGACCUCUAGCUUCACACACCAGAAAUGCACCCUGACCUUGUGUCAGUCUCUCCCCAUUUUGUUCCACACAUUUACAUCUAAAUUGAUUAGUAUUUUGACCGGUACUAAAGGGAGUUAUAUUUUUGAGAAAUACAAAGCAUUUUGAAGCCGUUUCAUGAGUGUCUGAUUUUUAAAGAGUAGGGAGAAAUAUUUAUUUCAAAGGACUGAGCAGGAUUCAUUCACUAGAUUAAGAAAAAAUUAUGACUCAGUAAAUGUGAAAUUUACAUGUGAGUCACAUAAAAGUAACUUACAAAUUCAAGUAACUUACACAUCAAAAGUAACUUACACAAAACUUAUUUACACAGAAAAAGUAACUUACACAUUAAAAGUAACUUACACAUAAGAAGAAUUAAACAAAAAGUUACACAUUAAAGUAAUUUACACAUUAAAGUAACUUACACAUCAAAAGUAACUCCCACAUCAAAAGUAACUCCCACAUCAAAAGUAACUUACACAUUAAAGUAACUGACACAUAAGAAGUAACUGACACAUAAAAAGUAAUUUACACAUCAAAAGUAACUUACACAUUAAAGUAACUGACACAUAAGAAGUAACUGACACAUAAGAAGUAACUGACACAUUAAAGUAACUUACACAUUAAAGUAACUUACACAUUAAAGUAACUGUCACAUAAGAAGUAACUGUCACAUAAGAAGCGCUACUAAGUUAUUUGCUAGUCACCUAUGGAGACCUAAAGAUGUGAAUUUAUGAGAAGCUUGUAUUGUAUCAGUGUUUGCACUCUUCUAAAUUAGUACUUAAAAAACA